CCUCCGCAACCCAACACGCACCUACGAACCACGUCGCACCUGCUCCACCGUACUUAGUUCCUGCCUUCUGCCAUCCGCCACCGACUCUGCGCUUGCCCAAGCUUUUCAAAAUGUUCAACCCCGGCUUCUACGACGAAGACGAUCCGAUGCAGAUGUACCAGCAGCUCCGCCGCGGCGGGGCUCCCCGGCGCUUCGACGAGUACUUCCGAUGCUACCCCAUUUCCAUGCUGCCCGGCCCAGACCGUGAGGAUGCGAACCACGGCGGCAAAGUGUUCCUCCCACCGAGCGCUUUGGACAAGCUCACGAGGCUACACAUCACAUAUCCUAUGCUCUUCGAGCUCACAAACGGUGCAAAGGAUGGUCGGAAAACGCAUGCUGGUGUGCUGGAAUUCAUAGCUGAAGAGGGCAAGAUCUAUCUACCUUACUGGCUUAUGCAGACGCUACUCUUGGAGCCUGGCGACUUGAUUCAAGUUAAAUCUACCGAUCUCCCUCUGGGCACAUUCAUCAAGCUACAGCCACAAGACUCUUCCUUCCUCGAGAUCUCCGACCCGAAAGCCGUGCUGGAAAACGCAUUCAGGAACUUUUCCUGCCUCACCAAAGGUGAUGUCUUCACAUUCGCCUAUAACGACAACCAGUACGCCGUCGAGGUUCUCGAAACAAAACCUCCCCACGCUAGUAAUGGAAUAUGCACCCUCGAGACCGAUCUGUCAGUCGACUUCGCACCCCCAGUUGGCUACGAGGAACCCAAACGGGCCAGCGGUACGAGCACACCACGCAGCAGCAAGGGCGUUAUGGCGGGUAAAGGAGGAACACUACAUUCACACGGCACUAUGGCGCAGGCGAUCAACUACGCAGCUAUUGCUCCCUCAGCAACAACUGCAGCUGCCGGCGCUAAAGCAACGUCGUCUAACUUUCUGACAUCGGGCCACAAGCUGAACUCUAAGAAGGGCAGCAAGGCACCCACCCCUCAGGCCUCCACCCCUGUAGCGGGUCAGUCGACCAACGCUCCUCCACCGACCGUUCGACGGACAAAUGGCCCACAGCCGCUUCGGUUACCGCCAGGCAAGCUGUUCUUCGGGUAUGAGGUCAAGCCUGUGAAAGGGAAGGAGGGCGACGAGAAGAAAGACGAGUCGAAGCACUUUGAGGGUUCCGGUCAGACCCUGCGGAAAAAGAAGGACAACAAGUAGGUGGGAUAGAUAGUACGAUAUGGGUCGCUUUGGCUUCUCUGGGACAUCGGGUAUCAUGGCUAUGCAAGCAUUGCUAAAGCAUUUGGGUGGCGCAGGACAGGGAAUGGACACAUGGGCGCGUGGCGUUAGACAGAAGAUGGACUAUGGGCCAUCAGUUUCCUUGGGCAGGCCGAGAAGUAAGGGUCGUCCAUCACACUCUUUGCGUUUUACCAGGAAUAAACACACCGUGCUAAUGCUCGUGGGAGCGCGGUAGGCUUCCCACGCUGCAUCACGUUUGCGAUCACGCACACGUCUCUCGAAGGGAGCUUGAGUUCCAUGUCUCGAUAGCGGGUUAUCGCGUUCCUAUGCAACGCCGAAGGGCCAAGCAUACGCCCUAUCAACCCCGAAGACCAAUGCCAUCCAAGUCGAGGUCUUUCGAAAUGCUCCCCGCUCCCAACUCUUUCAUUUGCCAUGCAAGGAAAACCAACCCAUUCUUGCACGCACCGACUGAUUGACUACC